AUGGCUCCUCAAGAACGUCUGACCCAGGUCUCUGCGCAUCUCAACUACCCCCAGGGCAUGCUCGCCGGUCAGGUGGCAAUUAUAACCGGAUCAGGGCAAGGAAUAGGAGCGGAGGCUGCUAGGCUUUUCGCCAACGAGGGCGCCAAAGUAGUCGUUGCUGACCUUGACAGCUCCAAAGCAGAGGCCGUUGCCAAAGCAAUCAAUGAUGCAUCCCCGGGCAGAGCAAUCGCCGUUGCUGGCGACGUCCAGGAUGGUGCGUACCUGAAGAGACUCGUACAAAAGGCCGCCGAAUUUGGGAACGGCAAGAUCCAUAUCCUCGUAAACAACGCUGGAUUCACCUGGGACGGAGUCAUCCACAAGCUUACCGAUAAGCAAUGGGACACCAUCAUUGCCGUUCAUGCCACUGCUCCUUUCAAACUUGUACAGGCCGCAGCUCCAUAUUUCCGCGUAAAGGAUGGUGAACCAAGAAUAAUCGUGAACAUCAGCAGUACCAGCGGGAUUCAUGGAAACGCUGGACAAGCAAACUAUGCAGUUGGAAAGGCAGGUAUGGUCGGCCUGACCAAAACCAUUGCUAAAGAAUGGGGACCAAAAUUCGGUGUGCGAGCUAACACCAUCGCCUUUGGAUUUGUCCUCACUCGAUUGACUCAGGCAAAGGAGACUGGGGCCUUCAUCACCACUCCAGACGGCGAGAAGGUUGCUCUCGGCAUUCCCGGCUCUCAGCUGCCUACUCAGACCAAGGAGUCCGAGGAGGCCUACGCUGAUAUUCCCCUUCGACGAGCGGCGAGUGCAACGGAGGCGGCAAGGUCUAUUCUCGGUGUCUGCAGCCCACUGCUUAGCUAUGUCAAUGGCCAAACCAUAAUGGUCACUGGAGGAAGGAAUAUGUAG